UGAUAUUCCAUCCCAUUACUACCAUCAUCAUCGACAAUGUCUUUUCAGCCGAUUGUAGCUCGCGCUGAUUCUCCGAUCUCCGCCUCUUCAUCUAAACUCGCAAUCAGUUAUUUGACCAACUCAAAUCCUGAACCAGCUCUCGAACAAUCUAUUUCUAUGGACACGGAAGCACAGAGGACUACGGGAGCCCCUUUGAUCAAAGUUGAGCCUGCUGAGCCAGUCAUUGGCGCCGACGACCACGCUACCAACCCCGAGGCAGUGCACCUCGUUGAGACUCUCUUGGCCAAAUUCGAGCAAGCCGUUGUCGAUCACUCAACGCCUAUCAAGACUGAAACACCAAUCGCUGCAGCGCUACCACCCAUGGAUGAGCUCUCCGUCACAGCGAUGACCCUAGAAAAGCAAAUCUUGGUCGACACUCAAGACCUCAUCGAACAAAAUCACUAUACCGCUAAGGGGGAAGCUGUUACAAUGAUUGCAUCCUCCGACCAAGAAUCUUCCGAAACUGAAGGAGACCUAGAGAGUGUAGCCAAAAGGAGAUGCUCCGGGUUGAAGGCCCCUAAAAGUAAGCGGUCGCUGAUAAAAUCCAAAGAUGAGCCAUUCUGACCGAUAUCUUUUAUAGGAAAGAGCAAUCAUUUAAUUACACGUGGAGAAAAAGUUGAAGCUAGAAUCACAAGGUCGAGUGCCGCCAGAAGUAAGUAAUCUUUA